GAAUCAUGUUUGGAGGCCCCACCUCAAAUCACAGGAGAGGAAGACGAAAGAGUCUUGAAAACCACUAAGGGAAGGGAAGUGCUAAGGGCCUGGUGGGAAGAGGGGAUGUGGUAUAACAGGGAAACCACUAGGGUAUGGAAGCAGAGCUGGAACAACAAACAAAGGACACAUCACACUGUGAGGGCAGUGGCCUGCAGGGUGGAUACUACAUAAAGAGAGGACACCUCAAAGUCACCUCUGGCUGAUGAGGAAACAAUGGAGAAAACUUACAACCCCUGCCCCAUUCAAAAUGAACAGGAACAGGAGGUAAAGGUGUGGACUAUUCACUUCUUCCACUUCCCAGGCCCUCUCACUGCACAUGUAUAUCCGCCCGGCCAGAGACCCUUUCCCGACAGAAUGAAGGCAGUGCACUUUUGCCAAGGCAGAUUCCAGAAGAGCAGAUCCUGAGACCCUGAGGUGUUCCCUCCAUCUUUGGAACGCGCUAGUAAUUCAUUGGUAACAGGAAACUAUGAGGGAUCCCGUGAGUAGCCAGUACAGCUCCUUUCUCUUCUGGAGGAUGCCCAUUCCGGAAUUGGAUCUGUCUGAGCUGGAAGGCCUGGGUCUGUCCAAUAUACCCACCUACAAGAGCAAGGACAGCAGCGCGGGCAAAAUGACUGGGCAAGCAACUGGAGCAGAGCUGGAGAAAAACCCUGAAGGUGAUCUCCUCCCUGAGUACAGCACCUUCAACUUCUGGAGAGCUCCCAUCGCCAGCAUCCACUCCUUUGAACUGGACUUGCUCUAAGGCCAAGACUUCUCUCUCCCACCACCUUGCCCUACUCGUCGUCUUCCCUUUCCACCUCCUUCCUUCUAUCCCUUACCAUUUUAAUCUUGUUCGCUUCCCUCUGUUGUGUUGGUGGUGCUGAUGAAUUUGCCUGCUGAGUUGUAUGUAUGUAUGUAUGUACGUAGGUAUGUAUUUAUUCAUCUCUUUAUCUAUUUACUCCAUUUCUUUCAAAAGCCCUCAAGCCACAAAAUAGGGGCUCAAGCAAUGGCAUAUUGGGUGCCAGGGGCUUCACCACACUCCCACCCUGGGAUCGUCAACUUCAGAAAGUAGUCCUUAUGGGGCUCCAAGGGGUCGUAAAUAGUGCAAAAUGGAAGGCUGAUUUUUUUGAAAUUCCAUUUUAAUCAGCUUCAAAGAUUGCUCAAACCUUCCUAAUUUUUUGCUCCAGGCCAGUAAACAUAAAUAAUUCUUAAAGGGUUCACAAAAAUCUUGCAAGUUUUAAUUUGAGAUGACUUGCCACAAAACAAGAUUUCUAAAAGGCUAAGAUGAUAGGACUCUUGCUUUUUCAAUUCUGUUCCUUUUUGUAACACAUUCUUUUCCCCCAGAGAAAUUGGGGUACUCACAGGUACAAUGCAAGAGGAAACAGUAUCUCAUGGAAAAUGAAAAUAGGGGAAAGUAUUAAAUCAUUUCAGAAAUAGCGAAGGUUUUUCUUUUUCAAGAGUAUACCUUUAGCCUAGUCACUUUACAACUUGCUCCUGUCUGGGUCGAAAACUUGCUGCGAAAAAUCAGAUUUCAAAUCUUAAGAAUCUUGCUGACUGCUGGGAUAAUUUGUAAGGUUUUGAUUAAGUCUUCUAAAGGGGAUAGUGUUUGGUCUUUAGUAUUUUAGUCUCGCCCUCCUGCAUUUGCAAUAGAUAAUACUGAUCAGCGGACCUCAGGCCCAGUUCUUCGACUACUUUAAGACUAUGAAAUGAACAGUUGCCAUUUGACCCUACAACUUGUCCCCACCUCUUGCAAAAUUAUUGCUGAUUUGUGCUGCCAUUUACUUAUUUAAUAAAGACACUCAGUCCCAGAA